CUCAGCCACCUGCUCCAUCCCAUGCCAUUUUCAUUGAUCUUUGGGAUAGACCGUGUUGCACAAUGUCCAAACAAAGAUGUAGCAAUUUGACAUGAAUUUGGCACGAACUUGAAGUCCUCCCACUGCGGUGCACCUGUAUAAAAGGGGGGAGAAGCCAAUCUCAGUACUCUUCAGGCUAAAAGAGGGGUUUGCUGUUACUAAGUGCUUUGUGCUGCAACUGCAACAGGGAAGAGAUGGCACCUACAAAAAAGGGUAUCCUUGAGCGUCUUAACGCUGGUGAGGUUGUGAUUGGGGAUGGAGGCUUCGUCUUCGCCCUGGAGAAGAGAGGGUACGUGAAGGCUGGGCCAUGGACUCCUGAGGCUGCUGUAACUCAUCCUGAGGCUGUGCGACAGCUGCACAGGGAGUUCCUGAGGGCAGGGGCUAACGUCAUGCAGACCUUCACCUUCUACGCCAGUGAUGACAAACUGGAGAACAGGGGUCAGACACUGAAAUACACAGGGCAACAAAUUAAUGAAGGAGCUUGCGAUCUGGCGAGGGAAGUAGCCAAUGAAGGAGAUGCACUGGUCGCUGGAGGAGUGUGUCAGACUCCAUCCUACCUGAGCUGCAAGAGCGAGACAGAGGUGAAGGCCAUCUUUAAGAAGCAGCUGGACGUGUUCAUCAAGAAAAAUGUGGACUUCAUGAUUGCUGAGUACUUUGAGCAUGUAGAGGAGGCAGAGUGGGCUGUGCAGGUCCUGAAGACCAGCGGGAAACCCGUGGCAGCCUGUCUCUGCAUUGGACCUGAGGGAGACAUGCACGGUGUCUCACCUGGAGAGUGUGCUGUCAGGCUGGUGAAGGCUGGUGCCCAGAUUGUCGGAGUCAACUGCCACUUUGACCCCAUGACAUGCGUACAGGCUGUCAAGCUGAUGAAGGAGGGAGUGGAGAAGGCCGGGCUGAAGGCUCACUACAUGGUGCAGCCGUUGGCAUUCCACACCCCCGACUGCAACUGUCAGGGGUUCAUUGAUCUCCCAGAGUUCCCAUUCGCCCUGGAACCCAGGAUUCUGACCCGAUGGGACAUGCACAAGUACGCAAGAGAGGCUUACAAAGUUGGCAUCCGAUUCAUUGGUGGAUGCUGUGGGUUCGAGCCGUAUCACAUCAGGGCUGUGGCUGAGGAGCUGGCCUCUGAGAGGGGCUUCCUUCCCGGUGCAUCAGAGAAACACGGGAUGUGGGGUGCUGGUUUGGAGAUGCACACCAAGCCCUGGGUCAGAGCCAGAGCCCGACGUGAUUACUGGGAGAACAUCCUGCCAUCGUCUGGUCGUCCCAAGUGCCCAUCAUUGUCCACGCCAGAGGGCUGGGGACUGACCAAGGGCCACGCUGAACUCAUGCAGCACAAGGAGGCCACUAGCACCCAGGAAAUGAAGCAUGUCCUGGAGCUGCAGAAGAAGGGAAUCUUGGAACGUCUUGACGCUGGAGAGAUUGUCAUUGGUGAUGGAGGUUUUGUGUUUGCUCUGGAGAAAAGAGGGUACGUGAAGGCCGGACCCUGGACCCCUGAGGCUGCCGCAGAGUACCCUGAAGCAGUGCGUCAGCUGCACAGGGAGUUCCUGCGGGCUGGAGCCAACGUCAUGCAGACGUUCACCUUCUAUGCCAGUGAUGACAAGCUGGAGAACAGGGGCAACCAGCUCACCUUUACAGGAGCUCAGAUCAAUGAGGCCGCUUGUGAUUUGGCCCGUCAAGUUGCCAAUGAGGGAGACGCUCUGGUUGCAGGAGGAGUGUCCCAGACUCCAUCCUACCUGAGCUGCAAGAGCGAGACAGAGGUGAAGGCCAUCUUCAAGAAACAGCUGGACGUGUUCAUCAAGAAAAAUGUGGACUUCCUGAUUGCUGAGUACUUUGAGCACGUUGAAGAAGCCGUGUGGGCUGUGGAAAUGCUGAAGCAGACGGGGAAACCUGUGGCUGCCACUCUGUGCAUUGGACCUGAGGGAGACAUGCACGGAGUCUCACCUGGAGAGUGUGCAGUCAGGCUGGUCAGAGCUGGUGCCCAGAUUGUCGGAGUCAACUGCCACUUUGACCCCUUGACAUGCGUAAAGGCUGUCAAGUUGAUGAAGGAGGGAGUGGAGAGGGCCGGGCUGAAGGCUCACUACAUGGUGCAGCCGUUGGCAUUCCACACCCCCGACUGCAACUGUCAGGGAUUCAUUGAUCUCCAAGAGUUCCCAUUCGGUCUGGAGCCCAGGAUUCUGACCCGAUGGGACAUGCACAAGUACGCCAGAGAGGCCUACAAUGCUGGCAUUCGAUUUAUUGGUGGCUGCUGUGGAUUUGAGCCGUAUCACAUUAGGGCUGUGGCUGAGGAGCUGGCCCCUGAGAGGGGCUUCCUCCCAGCUGCAUCAGAGAAACACGGCAACUGGGGUGCAGGCCUGGAGAUGCACACCAAGCCCUGGGUCAGAGCCAGGGCCCGUCGUGACUACUGGGAGAACCUGAAGCCAGCCUCCGGCCGUCCCCUUUGUCCCUCCAUGUCCAGCCCUGAUGGCUGGGGUGUCACCAGGGGCCAUGCUGAACUCAUGCAGCAGAAAGAGGCCACAUCCAAGGACCAACUCAAACAGCUGUUCGACAGGCGGAGAGAAAUUAAAGAUAGCGCCCUCUUGUGGCGGCUGUUCGCAGCUACACGGAGUCUUCCAUACCGGAAGUAA